UGCAAGAAGAUUGAACUGGAAGAGAAGGGUGCAAAUGAGCAAUAUUGGCAAAUGAGAAAAUGUGAUUGGCAAAAUGAAUGUUUUGUAUGUGCAAUGAGGCACUUUAAUGAUGAGUUGUACAACCAGUCUUCGAUUGAUGAAGAUCUAUUAAACUGCAGUGCUUGUAAAACCAAAUUUCAUAAAAGUUGUUUUUUAUCGUUUCGUGAAGGUUAUGCUUGUAUACGUUCAUAUUGCGAGUGUUAUUUCAAUGGACUUUCGACAACACAACAAAAACAACAUAAAGAUGAUUAUGCGAAUGGUCACUUCAUUUGUGAGGCAUGCGAAUAUCAUGACUAUCCGAGGAUCGGUGACUACGUUUUGGCCACUUCGAAAGGAUAUUUAUGGCCAGCCAAAACGCUUCACGCCGAUCUCUUACCAACUGGUUUAUUCAGAAAGAUCAGAAUGGUAGAACGAUUGCAACAGCCCGGUUAUGUGCUGAUACAAUGGGUCGAAGGUUUGAAGGUGCCCAAUUAUGAUGUGGUCUCAUUUCGUGACAUCGUUCCGUUUCCGAAUAGUCUUGAUUGCCCUGUUUGGAAACGAUUUAAAUCACACAAAAAUGUUUUAAAUGCUGUAAAAGAGCUAUUCAAAACAAAUGGUAUUAAUUUCGGUAUAGAUCGUCCACUACCAGCCGAAGUUGAACAACUCAAAGCACCUCAGUAUAAAAAAAUUCAAGUGAGUAUAAACGGUAAAUUGGCAAAAGUUAAUGCGGAGGAAUUAGGUCAGUGCACAUGUGAGGGUGUCAAUGGUCAGAGAUGCACGGCUGUACACAGCUGCUUGAACCGUUCCAUACAUGUCGAGUGUCCGAAGGGUCAAGAUUUAACGGAAUACGUCGGACGUGUGAUGCCGAAAGAUGAGUAUUUUGACGAGUUGAAUUUUAUUGGUACAUUCAAUAAUUUGGAGAUGUCUUAUUUUGGUAUGCAGCUAACAAGUGAAUAUUAUGUGGAUGCCAGGAACUGUGGUAAUAUGUCGAGAUCGGUGAAUCAUUCUUGUGAACCGAAUUGUACGGUUAACGCUGUUACGGUUGAUGGUAUUUGUCGUCUCAAGGUUACUGCGCUGAGAGAUAUUGAACCAGGUGAAGAAAUCACAUAUGAUUAUGGAACGAUGAUUUGCGAUGGUAUGGUUGGGAUGCGUUGCCGUUGUGGUGCGGUCAACUGUCGUGGAACUAUUGGUAAGUUGGUGAACGUUGGCGGCAAUCGUAAGGAGAAUAAUUCAUCGAGUGAAAAAGUAAAACUAUUUUUUGCAUUCAUCAAGUCAAACUUUAACAUAUCAAUAACCUAA